AUGUUUGUUAAUGUAAAUUCCACCACCGAGAACACAGAAUGGACUCGAAUAGAUUCAACUAUAGUUAUAUUGUACUGUUGUGCUUCAUUGGUAGGAGUGACAACGAAUUUGUUUGUCAUUGCUGCAGUAGUAGGUUCCUCAUCGAGAACACGAAAUGGAUUUUUAUUAAGCCUUAGUAUUUCUGAUUUAUUAGUAUGUGUCAUUUCGAUGCCUCUUUCAAUGUGUAAUUUCUUGAUUAAUUUUUGGACCUCAGGAGUGUUCUUCUGUAAAAUAGCAUUUUAUUUACAGUCUAUUCCAGUAGCAGCGAGUACUUCUUCCUUAAUGAUGCUCGCUUUAGAUCGUUAUGCGAUUGUCAAUCAUUCAAAUAUGUUUUCCAAACUCCGUCCUCAUAAAAUAAUAAUAAUUGUAUGGACCGGUGCAGCCAUUAUCACAAGUCCAAUCCUUUAUGCACGUCAAGUUUCAUUGCAACAAUGUCGAGAAAUUUGGCCUUCGAAUCAGUUAAAGACGGCCUACAUUUUAUCGCAAAUUAUUGUCGUCUACGUAAUACCAUGUUUGACGGUUGCAUAUUGUCACUUUUCGGUUGGGCAUAAAUUAUGUGCAAGGUCACACCAUCCAGUUCUUCAUUUUUCAUUUCCACCAAUAAAAAAACCUCAGAAGGUAUUUCAUAAAAAAAGAAAUAUGGAUGAUGAAUUUCAGUCAAACCUUUCAGAAACUGAAAUUAUAUCAGAAAAGAAAACACAUUUAAGUGCAAAAAAGAAAAAAAAAAUUCAAAUAGACCACAGGAACGAUAGUAAAAAAAAAUUUAAGAAAAUGCCACCACUUGUAAAACAAAUGAGUCGUCAAAGUCUUCAUUGUCGCAGAAGAGUGGCCAACAUGCUUAUAGCUAUGGUUAUAGUCUUUACAAUUUGUUGGACGCCAUAUGUUUGUAUAAAAAUUUAUUCAGAAUUAAAAGUAAAAGUUCCAGCUUUGAUUUUACCUUUUUGUUUAUUACUUGGCCAUACUCAUUCUGCCAUAAAUCCUUUGGUUUACUACUUGAGUAAUAAACAGUAUUGGGGUUUGACGUUUGGCUGCAAAUUUAAUUGGCCAUGGAAAAUGAACAAUAAUUCAGCAAUAAUUCAACCUCCGCCAUCAUCUACAAAUGAAGCUGCUUUGGGAGUGUUUCAUCCAAAUUUCACAACCAAACGAUAUGAAGUCAGACAAGGCUUUGAUGAACUUUUAAAAACUCUUUAUUGUUUAGAAAUCUGA